CAACGUUUGUACUGUGUGUUCUCACUGAGCGAGAGUAGAAGCAGAUGCCAUCCGAGGAGAACUGCCAGCACUAUUGUCGAGACUGAGUAAACACGAGAAUGGAGACGACGCAGGGUGACUGGAACAAUUUGUUAAGCAAGAUGAAUAUAGAGAGCAAAGAUCAAAGGGAUGGGUCCCAGGAUGUAAGCAGAGCCCAAGAUAAUAAUCAGGCUGCUGGGGACAGUAUGGGUGCCAACACCUGUGUAAUCAGCAUAAUAGGCAUGACUUGCAUGUCCUGUGUCAAUAGUAUUACUGACAUGCUAUCCAGCAAGGAUGGAGUUAAAAAUGUUGUUGUUAGUUUAGAAGCCAAGGAAGGCACUGUGUGGUAUGAUACAAAGCUGAUAAGUGCACAAGCCAUAGCUGAUAUUGUGGAAGAUAUGGGUUUUGAGUCGUAUGUCAAGACAGUAAAUGAUCAGCCUUACUCCAGUAACUCAAACUGUGUUAAAGUUCAAAUUGAGGAUGAUAAGCCCGCGAAUUGUACUGUCGUUGUACCAAUUCAGCCUAGUAUAGAGAGAUGUUUUUUACACAUUGACGGUAUAACAUGUAACUCUUGCGUUACCGCGAUAGAGAAACAUUGCAAGAAGAUUGUUGGAGUUAAAAAAGUCAUGAUAUCGUUUAUUAGUGGCAGAGCAGAGAUCGAUUAUGACAGUAAUCAAAUCGAGCCUAGUGACAUUGCUGACAGUAUUACAGAUUUGGGUUUUCCAACGGUGCAUGUCAAUGAAAAAGGUUCACAAAUUAAAGAAAUCGAGUUUCUCGUGACUGGCAUGUCCUGUUCUUCUUGCGUUAAUAAAAUUGAAAAGUCUGUAAAAUUGCUUCCCGGAGUACAAUCUGCCAUGGUGUCUCUUGUUACACAGAGAGCGAAAAUUAAUUUUGAUCCCAGUAGAAUUAGCAUCAAUGACAUGAUUGAUUGUAUAAAAAAGUUAGGUUUUGGAGCAUCUGUCAAAAAAAACGAAGCCGAAAACUGGUCCUACCUGAACCACAAGUUGGAAAUACGAAAGUGGAGAACGUCCUUUUUGGUUUCGCUAGCUUUUGGUGCUCCAAGCAUGAUAGCGAUGACGUACUUUAUGUUUAUCAUGUCCUCGAUGAGCGAAGAGGACAUGUGCUGCGUGCUUCCUGGAUUAUCAUUAGAAAACUUAAUUUCCUUCAUACUAUCAACUCCAGUGCUGAUCUUCGGCGGCUGGUACUUUCACGUUCAAGCGUACACGGCAAUCAAACACAGAGCAUCAAACAUGGAUGUACUUAUUUCCAUGACUUCUAUCAUAGCUUACACCUACUCCGUCAUAGUACUCAUCAUUGCAAUGAUAAUGGAGGAGCACACCAGUCCGAGAACAUUUUUCGAUACGCCUCCUAUGCUUUUAGUUUUUGUAAGCCUGGGCCGCUGGCUGGAGCACAUUGCCAAGGGUAAGACCUCGGAAGCUCUGUCCAAACUGAUGUCGCUUCAAGCUACCGACGCAGUAAUCGUUACAUUGGGACCAGAUAACCAAGUCCUUACCGAACGCUUGGUGAAAAUUGAUCUAGUACAACCGUGCGAUAUCCUCAAAGUGAAUCAGGGCAGUAAAAUUCCGGUGGACGGCGAGGUUUUCAUAGGCAAAUCGUCCUGCGACGAAAGUCUCAUCACAGGUGAAAGUAUGCCAGUGCCAAAAACGAAAGGUUCCACAGUGAUCGGCGGCUCCAUCAAUCUCACCGCACCUCUGUAUGUCAAAGCCACGCACACGGGCGAAAAGACGACACUGGCACAAAUCGUGCGCCUAGUUGAGGAAGCACAAAUGAGCAAAGCUCCGAUUCAGCACAUAGCCGACAAGAUAGCCGGCAUCUUCGUGCCCCUUGUAAUCGGUACCUCGGUUCUCACUCUGAUCGUUUGGAUCGUCAUCGGCUACAUAGAAAUCGAUUAUAUAAUGCUGAUGAACGACGACCACGUGCAUCACAGCGGCAGAAACAAGGACGAGGUCAUAUUCCAGAAUGCAUUUAGGUGUGCCCUGUCCGUGUUGGCAAUAGCUUGUCCCUGCGCCCUGGGUCUCGCCACACCGAUCGCCGUGAUGGUGGGCACGGGAGUCGGCGCGAUCAACGGGAUUCUCAUCAAGGGCUCGGACUCCCUCGAGAACGCGCACAAAAUAAACUGCGUCGUUUUCGACAAAACGGGCACCAUCACCAAGGGCUUCCCGUCCGUCACUAACAUUAGCUUAUUUACCAGUGAAGGUGCAUUUAACAUUGGCAAAAUACUGGUGAUCCUCGGCAUAGCGGAACUUAAUAGCGAGCAUCCGAUCGCCAGCGCGAUCGUUCGGUACGUCAAGCAAGUCAUCGAGACCGAUUUGAGCGGCCUUUGCACGAAUUAUCAAUCCGUGCCGGGUUGCGGCAUGAAGUGCAAAGUGUCUCACAUCACGGAUACACUGACAAAGAUCGCCAACUCGGAAAAUUUAGCUAGUUUCGUCAAAAAAUUACAGGAUAGCGCGUCGGAUAGAUUAGAGCUGAACGAAGUUCUGAUAGAUUUAGCCCAAGUAUUGCCUGACAAUGAACAAUCGUUAGCUGUCGUUGCUGGUAACGGCAGUUCGAACGACACCUACGAGGUUUGCAUAGGUAACAGGGAGUGGAUGAGGAGGAACGCCGUGUCGAUACCCAAAGACUUGGAGAGAAAUAUGACCAAGGAGGAGAGCAUGGGUCAGACGGUCGUGUUGGCUGCGAUAGACGGCGAGUUGGUGGCUGUUGUUAGCGUAGCCGACUCGAUAAAAUCCGAGGCCAGUCUUGCCGUGUACACUUUGAAAAAGAUGGGCUUUGAGAUUAUACUUUUGACGGGUGAUAACAAGGUGACUGCCAAUACUAUCGCCAAGCAGGUCGGCAUCGAUCAAGUGUUUGCCGAGGUGUUGCCGUCUCACAAAGUAGAGAAGGUGCAGCAGUUGCAGAAAAAGGGCAAGAUCGUGGCUAUGGUGGGUGACGGUGUCAAUGACAGUCCAGCCUUGGCUCAGGCGAACGUCGGUAUUGCCAUAGCGUCGGGCACGGACGUAGCCAUAGAAGCGGCCGAUAUCGUUCUCAUGAGGAACGACUUACUCGACGUGAUUGCUUGUAUUGAUCUCUCGCGGAAGACAGUCAACAGGAUAAGACUGAAUUUUCUAUUCGCCAGUUUGUACAAUCUUCUGGGAAUACCGCUCGCGGCUGGUGUCUUCAGUCCGCUGGGUUUGAGAUUGCAGCCGUGGAUGGCAACUGCGGCAAUGGCACUUAGUUCGGUGUCGAUAGUCAGUAGCUCUCUGCUACUGAAAUUGUACAGGAAACCCACGAGAGAGAAGCUGGAGAAUUUGGAGUACAAGCAGUUUGCCAGGUUUUCCAAGAAAAAUGCUCAUAUUGAUCCACACAAGGCAUCGAUCAAUGGCUCGAUUUCGAGCCUGUCGAGAAUGAUGUACAACAAUGUUGAGUCACGCUGACUGAUAUAAAACAUAAGUAUUCAAGAGAGUACUUUUUUGACUUCUAUGCAUAAGAGAUGAUAUUCAUGUGUAAUAAUUGUAUGAAAAUUGUGAAAACGUUUGUAAAAAAAAAAAAAAAAAAUUUUUUUUGA